GCCGGGCAUCCCUGCGACGCUGCAGCAUAUAACAGUGUAGAGUGCUGGCAGGACAGCCCACCACCCCCGUCAUCCCAUCAUGCACCUUCCGCUCUUUACAGGUUCUCUAGUUUUAUCAUCCGCAGCGGGUCUCGCUGUGGCGGCGACGACCCAGAGCAUCAGCCGGGAUAACUCCGUGUGCUCUCAAAUCCAGAGCACAAUCUCGAACCAAUCGAGUGUAUACCUUCCUGGCCAGUCCGAGUAUGAUGCGGAUCAGACGCACUACUUUGCUUCUAGCUCGCAGCCAGCUCUGUGCACUGUGGAGCCCAAAGCUCCCAACGAUGUCUCCCUCAUCCUCCAAGUGCUCGCACAGCAGAAUACUCCUUUUGCAAUCAAGGGCGGAGGACAUACGGGUAAUCCAGGCUUCUCGUCAACCUCGGGAGUUCUACUCUCCAUGAACCAGUUCAACACGGUGCAAUACCAUGCGUCGAACCAGACCGCGGAUGUUGGCGUUGGCCUGGUGUGGGAUGAUGUCUACGAACAGCUCCAGCAGUUUGGUGUGACCGUCGUCGGCGGUCGGGUGUCUGGCAUCGGCGUGGCCGGCCUGACGUUGGGCGGUGGUUAUUCUUGGCUCACGAACCAGUAUGGCCUGGUUGUCGACAACGUUGUCGGCUUCCAGGUUGUGCUCCCCAAUGGGAAUGUUGUCGUCGCGAAUGCCCAGACAGCAUCUGAUCUCUUCUUUGCUCUGAAGGGUGGAUACAACAAUUUCGGAGUUGUCACUCAGAUUACGUUCAAGACGUAUCCGAUUGGUCAAGUAUGGGGUGGAUACAUGGUCGUUCUCGAUGACCAGCUCAAUGCUGUGACCGCUGCGCUCAACAACUACAUUGCGAACGUCCAGGACCCCAAGGCCGCGCUCAUCGCUUCGUACACUGCCGUUCCAGGACAGCUCCUUGCGUCGCUUUUGCUGUUCUACGACGGUCCCACGCCUCCAGCUGGUAUUUUCGAUGACUUCCUUAAUCUUACUUCUGUCCAAGGCUCCAUCGGGACUCGGUCCUUCCUUGAGCUCGUCCAGACGCCUCCUUCUAGUCAGGCCGCAGGAUCUGCUACACGCGGCUACUAUGACACUGCCACCAUCGCUUCUCCCACUGGUCCCAUCAUCGAUGCAAUUGUCAAUGAGACCACUUUUUGGUCCACCCAGCUCGCGAGCAGCUCGGCCGUCGAGCUCGUGUAUUCCGUCGAGGUCUUCCUUCCAAACAUUUUGCAGCACGCGCCCGAGGGCUCUUCGGCGUACCCGCCGACGCGUUCUACGCAGUACCUGCCGCUCGCGAUGAAUUUCCAGUACACCUCGGCGAGCGACGACGCGCUUAUUACGGGCGCUAUGGCCAGCAGCGCCGCGCAGCUUGGAGGAGUCGCAGCAGCACAGGGCCAGAAUACGGCUGAGGUGCCCGUGUACGGCAACUAUGCGACGACGCAGUCGUUCUCCGCCGAACGCAUCUUCGGCGCGAACCUCGCCCAGCUGCAGAGCAUCAAGCAGAAGUACGAUCCUUCGAACGUCAUGGGCCUUACCGGCGGGUGGAAGAUUUGAACUCUGCUCAUUGCGCGUGCGUCAUCCCCGCCAUAAAGCUGUUGGCGCCCCCGUUGCGUCCAAGUUGCUCUUUUGUCCCGCGUAUUGAUUGAGAUCAGAGAUGGACUGCAUAGUGUACAUAGAAACGCGUGUAUACCCGGCUUGCAUUUUUAAUUUAUCAAGCGGAUGGACAAGCCCAACCAAGC